UCAUAUCUGGGCCUGCGCGACUCUCGUCGGACGACCCGGCUCUGGUUUUCUUGGGGGCAGAGGUACCUACAUAUAGACGAUCGACGCGACUGGACGCUCACCUACUACGACGACUCCCCUAGGCGAGGGUAUCGACCCUACCAACCAACCAACCAACCAACCUACCAACCUGCCCGCCAACGCGGCCCCCUCGAGCUAGGCGGCUCGCCUCCGUCUCUUUCCCACCCCCCCCUUUGGUCUCCCGUCCUCCCUCGCCAAUUCCCUCGUCUGACAUCGUCUCACACCCCUUGCAACCCGGCCAAGCUUGGCCAUAGUUGACCUGAACCCCCCCCAUCGCUCGUAUUGUUCUCUCGACUCGAUUAACCUGCAUUUUCUCUUUUUUCUUUCUCUCCAUCCGGCUCGCCUCAUGUGAUCGAUCGCCUUAAUGUGAUCGCUAAUCGCCCAUCUAUUCUAUCCGCAUCAGCGCGUUGUCGUCUUCAAUAUGCUGCGACGGCCUCCGGGCGAGGGACGGCAUAUCGCUCAACAGCGCAAGGUCUUGCUCGCCUUGGCCGUCUUCCUUCUCCCCUGGCUUCAGCUUGUCGAUGCUCGGCAGCGGCAGCCUUCCCCGGACCAAGCUCCUCCCAUUCCCAAUUAUCUCAACGAUAAUGCCGACAGCAACGUUGCCGUCAACAAGCAUCAUGUCCACGAUCGAGACAUUCCCAAUCCCCGAUUCGAGUCUACCUUCGAGGCCAACCAUGUCCUAGGCGACAACCGCGCCGCCGCUACGCACCCCAAGGCCCGCAGUGCCCACGGGACUCCCAGCGCCAGCCGCAAGAGCACGGUGGCUACCGCCGGAAGCGGCCGUUCCGCCGACAAGAAGAGAUUCGCAAACAUACUUGUUCCUAACGAUGCGAGCGCCCUCGCAACUUUGGCUCCGGCUCAGUCCGUUCGAGCACCAAACUCUCUAAGACAUCUGCCCAGCCUGCUUGCCGGUGCUGGGCUCUCCUCGCCGCAGACUGCGCGGAGUCUGGAGAGAUGGGAAGUGGAAGACUACGUUCUUCUGGCGACCGUCGAUGGACAUCUUUACGCCGUCAACCGUGAAUCCGGUGACGAGCGCUGGCAUCUCCAAGUGGAGCAGCCUAUCGUUGAGACGAUUCACCACCGACUCAACAAUUCCCUGGGCGACGACCAGGACGAACGCGACCGCCACCCCCUCGACGACUAUGUCUGGGCCGUAGAGCCCACCCGCGACGGCGCCCUUUACGUCUGGUCCCCCUCCGGCUUCGGGAGCGGCUUGGUCAGUACCGGCCUUACCAUGAAACAGCUGGUAGAGGAUUUUGGCUCUUACGCCGUCCAGAGCCCGCCGGUGGUGUAUACCGGACAUAAAAAGACGACCAUGAUCAGCCUAGAUGCCGCCACCGGCCGCGUUCUCAAAUGGUUUGGCCAGUCCGGUUCCCAGGUCGACCAGAGCGCCACCUGCUAUCCGCCGAAUGGUCGGUUUGCCGACUCGGACAACGGGGAGUGUAGCAACACCGGCAUCAUCACCCUGGGCCGAACGGAGUACACGGUCACGAUUCACCGGUCCGACGACGGAAGGGAGAUUGCUACCCUUCGAUACGCCGAAUGGGGCCCGAAUAAUUUUGACAACGACCUCCACCAACAGUACCAGGCCACACAGGAUAAUCGGUAUUUUACCAGCCAGCAUGAUGGCAAGGUGUAUGCGCUCGCCCACCCCACCGGGGCCACUUCCUUCGCGCUCCAAUUCUCCGUUCCUGUUGCUCGUGUCUUUGACGUCGCGAGACCCGAGGACGUCCCGCCCGGAACCAACCCGGAGCUUGUUUUACUCCCUCAACCUACUCCCCCGAUUAGAGACGAGGACUCGGCGCGCGCCAGGAGCCAUAGCGUGUUCCUUAAUCAGACCGAAUCUGGGAGCUGGUAUGCGAUGUCCGGCUGGUCGUACCCCCUUAUCGUCGACGCUCCCGCAGCGCGAGUCAGCCGGGGAAAUCCCUGGGAUAUGUUGGACGCUGCCGCGGCGGACCAGUCCCUUGUCGGUACGCACGUUCUCGGGAACGCCAGAAGCGUGCCGCAGUGGCCGCAGAACUUACCGCCCAGUCUACCCUCACGCCCCUCUCCACCGGACGUUAGCACCGAUGAUGCCGAUCCUACCGCGUCGAGCCCGUUCCCUGAUACAGUUUCUGAGCCGCCGAGCCUUGCCCACAAGGUCAGCGCCAUCCCUCAGUAUGCUGCUGACAAGACCCUCGAUUUCCUGAUGAAUCCCAUCUUAUUUCCCGUUCUUAUAUACCUUCUGUUUCGCUACUACAAGGAUCUGGUUCGGUGGACCAAACGACAGAUUGGGCCAAAGGAGUACCCCGAAACCUUGACAUUUGUGCCCUCAACGGCCCCUGGUAUCAACCCACCUCCAGAUGUAGUCAACGAGGAAGCCCGGCCGCUCGACCGCGAUCCAGUGGUAAAGCAGUCUGAACCGACGGCACCUAUCGAAGCUGGAAGGCCCGAAAAGGAUGUAACUGCCACCAUUCCCUCCCCAGAUCCCGAAGGGGCAGAUGUGGAUGGCGAGCGCGAACAGCAACAGACCGAGGGGGAGUCCCCCGAAAAGAAGAAGAAAAUGCAUCGUGGUCGGAGAGGGGGGGUCAAGCAUCGGAAGGGAGCGAAGAAGCCACGAGAUGCGUCCGAGAAUACCGGUGACCGUGACUCGCCGGACGCUGGGGAGGGAAUCCCGGGCCUUCAGAACGUCGGUAUGCCGCCGAAGCUCGAACCGAAUGUCAUGACGAUGAAUAACGAUCCCGAGGAUGUGAGCGGACCCAUCGUGAGGAUCGGCGGCAUUGAGGUCAACCAGGACGAGCAGCUUGGCAUGGGCAGCAAUGGCACUAUCGUCUUCGCAGGGAAAUUUCACGGCCGAGAUGUCGCUGUCAAGCGAAUGCUCACUCAAUUCUGGGAUAUCGCCACCCAGGAGACUCAACUACUGCUGGAGAGCGAUCACCAUCCAAAUGUGAUACGAUAUUUUGCAAUGUCGAAGAAUGAUAGCUUCUUGUACAUCGCUCUAGAGCUCUGCCAGGCUUCUCUUUCCGACAUCAUCGAGAAGCCUGCCUUGUAUCGGGACUUGGCUCACGCGGGCGAGGUAGAUCUACCGCGAGUUCUGUUGCAGAUCGCCCACGGUCUAGGGUUCCUCCACGACCUCCGCAUAGUCCACCGCGACCUCAAGCCGCAAAACAUCCUCGUGACCAUGGGGAGGGACGGAAAGCCACGACUUCUCGUAUCCGACUUCGGACUGUGUAAGAAGCUCGAGGGUGGGCAGUCGUCCUUCGGGGCUACCACCGCCCACGCCGCCGGCACAUCGGGGUGGCGAGCGCCGGAACUUCUCUUGGACGACGAUGCACGCGAAUCCUCGACAAUGUCUAUGACUAGUACGCAUAGCGACUCGAGCCAACUAGUAAGCGCCGAUGUUAUGCCUAAUCGCCGCGCCACCCGUGCUAUUGAUAUCUUCAGUCUCGGUCUCGUCUUCUUCUAUGUGCUCACCAAGGGACUGCACCCGUUUGACUGCGGCGACCGCUACAUGCGCGAAGUCAACAUCCGGAAAGGCCAGUUUAACCUCAAGCCACUCGACAUGCUGGGUGAUGUCUCUCACGAGGCCAAGGCUCUCAUCGAGACGAUGCUCCGGUCCGACCCUCGGGCACGGCCGUCUGCCAAAGACGUCAUGUCCCACCCCUUUUUCUGGUCCCCCAAGGAACGGCUUGCUUUCCUCUGCGACGUAUCGGACCAUUUUGAGCUAGAACCUCGCGACCCACCGUCCAAGAGUCUAAUGGAACUAGAGGCCUACGCGCCUCAGGUGUGCCGCGGCGACUUCCUCAAGGCCCUGCCGAAAGAAUUUGUCGACAGCUUAGGCAAACAGCGUAAAUACACGGGGUCGAAACUGCUCGACUUGUUACGGGCGCUGAGGAACAAGCGGUUCCAUUACGGAGACAUGAGCGAGCCUCUAAAAAAGCUAGUAGGAUCGUUGCCGGACGGAUAUCUGGGUUUCUGGACUAGGCGAUUUCCUAAUCUGCUGAUUGUGUGCUGCGAGGUCGUCUACAAGCUGAACCUCGAGGAGCUACACACGUUUAAAGAGUAUUUCAAGCCGAGGACGCCUCUGUAGGCCGAUUCUGAUCCUUCCAAUCUCGAUUCGCUUUCUCUCUUUUCAAUAUACAGCGUAUCAAACCAUACUCAAGGUAAAAUUCCACCAUUUUCACAACCAAGCAGGCUUGCAAUGUUAUGAAUAUAUGACUUCUUACUGCUCUCGG